GCGGGCCGGGCCGGGUAGACUGCCAGCUGGGUGAAUGUCGUGAACAGUCGCCGCGUUGGCCCCAGUCUCCCCGCACUCCGCUAAUAACUGGAUGGAUGAUUUAUCCGGAGGAGCUUCUCUGAGCUGUUUCGGUGGAAUAAGACUGCAAAAGAGGAACCGAGGGAUUAACCAACUAAACAAAACAGGAUGUAACUAACCGCAGAGCAGAAUGUCAAGUGGAACAAAAGAGACUUCUUGUUGUUAUUCGCCUCCGUGCUCGAGUCUCAUCGGACUGAACUAACCAGCAGCUAAACCGGCUAACGUUAGCUGAGUUAACGCUAGCUAUAUUACGGUUUCAAGCAUCCUUGCUUGCCUGUUUGGUGAGUGGAUCUCAUUGACAUUUCCUCGCCAUGGCAGCAGUGGUUAGCUACUCUCCACCAUGGUGGGUGAACCUUCUACACAGACUUCCCCAUUUCAACUUCAUGUUCGAGCAGACAAGCAGUGACUUCCGGCCAGAGGACUGGACAUAUCAACAGUCUAUCCUGUUACUGGGAGGUGUGGCGCUCGCUUGUCUGGCCCUGGACCUUCUGUUCCUGCUCAUCUAUUCCAUUUGUCUGUGCUGCCGGCGGAGCAAAAAUGAGGAACAGCCCAACGCUGACUGCUGCUGCACAGCCUGGUGUGUCAUCAUUGCAACACUCGUCUGCAGUGCUGGCAUUGCUGUCGGUUUCUAUGGGAACGGCGAGACUUGUGAUGGAGUGAACCGGCUGACGUAUUCCCUGCGCCAUGCUAACCGCACAAUCACUGGAGUGGAGAAGCUGGUAUAUAACUGUACAUCCUCAUUGAACCAGACGGUAGACAACAAUCUGCAACAGCUUGAGGCCCAGUAUGCACAGCACGCGGACUACCUGUCCAUCAUCCAAAAGCUGCAGGGCCAGCUGGACGAGCUGGUCAGGCAGAUGGUGGAGAUCCCCUUCUGGGACAACACCAACAUCUCCCUGGAAGAGCUGGCCGUCAAGAUUGAGCUGUAUGACUGGUACAGGUGGCUGGGCUACAUAGGCCUGCUACUGUUCGACGUCCUCAUCUGCCUCCUGGUGCUGUUUGGCCUCAUUCGCAACUCCAAGGGAACGCUUAUUGGGGUGUGCUUGUUUGGAGUGGUGGCUCUGGUAAUCAGCUGGGUCUCCCUGGGGCUGGAGUUGGCUGUCUCUGCGACCUCCAGUGACUUCUGUGUUGCUCCUGACACGUAUGUCACCAAAGUGGCAGACCAGUAUGGAGUCAUCAGUCAAGAUAUCCUGCAGCACUACCUUAGUUGCAAUUUGGAACAAACAAACCCCUUCCAGCAGAAGCUCUCGGGGAGCCACAAAGCAUUAGUGGAGAUGCAGGAUGACGUGUCUGAGCUGCUGCGCUCUGCCACCAGAGAGUACAAACAAACUCAGGGAAGUUUAGAAAAGAUCCAGGAAAUACUGAACACCACAGAGAUCAGUCUACAUCAGCUCACUGCCCUGGUGGACUGUCGCAGCCUGCACAUGGACUUUGUUCAGGCCAUGACAGGACUGUGUUAUGACGGACUGGAAGGCGUCAUCUACCUCGUGCUCUUCUCCUUCAUCACUGCUCUCAUGUUCAGCUCCAUUGUUUGCAGUGUGCCUCACACCUGGCACAGCAAGAGGAAUGAGGAGGACAGUGAGGAUGAGUCUCUGAGCCACGGAGGACGGCAAAACCAUGAUAACCUGUACCGGGUCCAUAUGCCCAGCCUGUACAGCUGUGGAAGCAGCUAUGGCAGUGAGACCUCCAUCCCCGCCGCAGCCCACACCGUCAGUAACGCACCUGUCACAGAGUACAUGGCUCAGAAUGCCAACUUUCCAAACUCCCGCUGCGAAAACACGCCUCUGAUAGGACGAGAGUCUCCUCCGCCCUCGUUGUAUUUGACUGCCGCGGACAGUAACAGCGGUCACAUCUGGCAGUUAAAGCCUUCGGAGAGUUCAAGAUCGUUUUGGUAACCUCAUCUGCUAUGCUAACAGUAUACCUCCAGCAUGCGGGCAAAGUACCUGGCCAAUAGCCGACCAGAUCCCAACAACCCUCCUCCAGCGCACUAGACAACACUGGACUCAUCCUGUCUGCAGCGCUGACAUCUCUGAAGUCUCUCAUCCAGUCAGUCAGUUAUUAUUUGUCAUAUAGCCACUCCUCCUUCUGCUUUCCUCCUCUGUCUCAGUUGACUUAAAAUGGAAAACCAAAUGUGCUUUUCGCCGGUUGGUUGAAGCAAAACUUGAGGAGUCCUGCAGAUCAGAGUGCACAUACGCUUUUUCUCCAACUUCCACAACCCUUGGCUGAUGUUUAUUAUUGCAAAAAGCAUCAUCGCUGCUGGGAAUUCAUCUCCACCUGGACUGACUUUUACACUCCUUCUUUACACAUGAAUGCACCACCAUGUACGGUAUCACAUCUUACAAGACAUUGCAGUGUUGAGGACUCUGGAAGUGCUCCUAGACUAACACUGAUUACUACUGUUUGUUGUUUUUGUUUUGUUAAGUACUGUACUGCACUCUCAUCGCCGUGGGAGACUUAAGAGAACUGCCUUACUCGUAAAUUUGGGAGGAAUCAACUGCUUUCUUUCCACCUUAAUUGUGGACAUUGUUUCUCACAUAACACACAGCGUAGAUGAAUCUGUCGUAGGGUAGAUUAAUUUCACAGUGCGACAUCUCAUUUUUCUGCUUGUGAAAUUUUAAAUGCAACAAUAUGUGUGUUAUUCUCCAGUUUAAGUAGCCAUACUGUCUAUCGCACAUGCACAUUGGCUUGUUUUUGCAUUUUGUGUUAAAUCAAAUGUCUGGGACCAGUUUUCCUGCCGUAUGGCACGUCUUACAGGUCUGAUUUUUAUUCCCCCCCAUUGGACACUGUUAUUUCCUGUGGCAUUUUGUUUUUAAAAUACAUUGGUGAGCCACUAUUUUGCAGCAAAGACUAUAAACUUGUGAAGCUGUGAACUUGAUGCUCUCAGAGGAUUCGAUGAGGACAAAGAUGAGCUGCGUGAUGAAAAAGCAGCUGUUUGAUGAGAAAAAAAAAAGAAUGCAACCGUAAAAAGUGUGACAGAUGAGACGUUUUUAUACUACUGGAAGCAGAAACUUUUUGUUUUUUACAGCCCUUUGAAGAGGAUGGUGAAGCAGAGGGGGACAGAGUUGUGCGUGAUGUCUUCUGCAACAUUACUCCAGACUUACUACGAUAAAUUGCGGCUUCAUCAGACUGCUUGUUAUUCUCUCCGUGUUCCUGUUAAGUUGUAAAGCCUCAUCACCCUUAACAGGACUGGGGAUUGUCCACAUACACCCUUGACUCUAUGUGGCAAUGAUCUACAGCGGUUUGGAGUCCAAAAUUCCUCUCGCAAGAAUCUUAAAGCAAGUUUAUGUGACAGUAUGCAUAUGGCAGGUUUCAGUUUCAGAGAGAAACUUUAUGCAUUGGCAAUGCAGUGUCUCACAAAUGUGUUUUAGCAUUUAUAACAACAGUAGAUCUGAGUGAGUGGAUGCUGUGAAGGGACUGUGAUAACUCUGCUCUCUCUAUAAUCUGGAUAUUGUCAAAGAAAACCUGCUGACUGCCUGUUGAAGCGUGACGAUCCUUCAAAUGCGGAGUGAGAUGUUUGUACUUGCUUCUCCUAGAUGUGCAUUGUGACCAGUACAAGAGGUGAUUUUGUUUUGGUUUUUUUUUUGAGACUGUGCCAACAAGUGAAGCACAACUCUUUUACUAUCUGAAUAUCUUUUUAAAUGUCUUUACUCGAGGCCACUUUGUAAAGUUGACCGCUCCUGGCUGCCUCUGCGCAAUCAGACGAGAAAAUGAGCCUGACUUUAUUUCAAAUCAUUUACACUUUGUAAAACAUUAUUACACUGAUGCAGUCUUUCUGUUUUUGGGUAGUAGUCAUAUUCUCUUUGUUGUUUGUAACGCGAGGCAGUUGUACAGAUUAUAAACAUUAGCAAAAUGAAGAAAAAAAAGUGGCUGAAAUUGACAUUUCAUUUUUUUUAUCUCUUAAAAAGCUUAUUCCACAUUUUAAACAUUUUUUCUAUUUGAUUUGCUUUUGGUUUUUUAUUUUUUAUUUUAGGAUCGUUAGCAAGCACGAUGUGUUGCUUCAUUAAUGUGAAUACGGUAAAUAGAUUUUAAUUUUCUUUGAGUUUUUUCUGGAAAAAGAAUCACUGUAGAUGUCAUCAUUUUUAUUUUAUACAUCAUUUUUUUGCAAUCUCUAAAAUGUGUACAUGUUAAACCUGUGGUUAUAUUGAGCUUGAAUGCUGUGUUUUAAAAUUAAACAAACCUUAACUGUAGUGCA